ACGACAAAUCAUGUCACUUAUACUUCUCAAAAUCUCAAUAUUAAUGUGUGGAUUAUGUUUCAGACUUCAUGCUUCCUCACUUGAUUGUAAUAAGCAGCCUUACCAGCGAGGAUCAGAUGUGACUUUGCGAUGUGAUGUCCCUCUCCUGUCUGAAACUUCAACAUUACAGUGGAUUAAAGACAGCGGACAAACCUCCAACACAACUCUUGUGUACAACAACUCUGCUUACAUCAUCUUACACAAUGUUGAUGAACACAGUGAAGGAAAAUAUUACUGCAGAAUAAUGCAAAAUAGCCGUGUAGAAACUGUUAUGAAUCACACAGUUUGUGUCACUCAAUAUUCAGAAUCAAAAAAGCUUGUAAUUUACAGACAAAGCUCGAGUUAUAGUGAUUUAUUACUGAUCUGCAAGUCUAAAAAGGUAUACUACAGCCAUAUGUGGGUCUGGGAAACAAAGACUACAAAAGAUGUUAUAAUAUCUGUAAAAAAGGGAGGACAAGUUCAAGUUAAUGGAACAAUUAAACCAGGAAAUAAAACCUCUGCCACAUUCAAUAGUCAAAUUUUCAUCCUUCACCUCUCACCUGUGGAGUUUAAUUAUAAUGGGACUUACAAGUGUAUUCCAAAUUAUAACAACAGCCACCACCUAUACACAACCACAACUCUACACACCAUCAGAGUCUCUGCAGAGCCCCCUGGUGGUGUGUUGAUGAAUGAGUCUGUUGUUCUUACCUGUGAGGUGUCUGAUGUAACUGAUUCAGUGAUGCUCGCCUGGCUCAGGAUGCAUGGGGACAGAGGAGUGCUGUUCAAACAACGCAUUCUGAAUGAGAAAAACUUAAAGAAACGCCUCACUGUGAAUGUGAACAGCAUUCAGUCAGACAUGCAGCAUUGGCAGUGUGCAGUAUUUACUGAGAACAAACUAAAAGCUUUGGCUCCUAUAACAAUCAGUCUGCUCUCAAAUUAUCAAGGUACAUCAGUAAGAAACAUCCACUUCAACAUAUCAAUGUAAAUAACUUCAAUUGACAAAUUAGCUCUAUGUUUUUGUAGUACCUAGCAAACAUGCAAAGAGUAUAGUGAUCACUGCUGUUACUCUCUUUGCUGGGAUUCUGCUGGGAGUUCUGGUGUAUUACUGGUACAGAAAACAAAUGUCAGGUGUGAGUGCUGAUGGGAGAACCACCACAAUAUACCAUGAGCCUGAAGAGUCUGAACCAGUCUAUGUCAAUCUCAGGAGCACCAGGAAUGACGGAGUAAGAAGUGAUAGAAGACAGGGAACCAGAAAUAAUAGACCAGAAAUUCAUUCUCAUUUACCAAGAAACAAUUAUGCAGGACAAUCGAACAUAGUUAGAAGAGAUGAGACCCCAGUUACACCAGAGAGCAUCACCUAUGCAGCCAUAUAUUUUAAGGAACCCAGAUUAAAGACUUCACCUUAUGUAAAUAAGCCUAAAUUCCCUGCACAUUAAUAAAAACCUAUUUAACAUUUUAUAAAAAGAGAGGGAUUUUUCCACGUUUUAUCUAUUGGACAGCAGAUGGCAAUGUCUUAUCACAAAAACAAUUCCUGGGGAAUAGUUUGAGAAAGGAAAUGCUCCUCAUUGCCAUGGUUUCGGUAAUCUACCACACAAAUAAUCUGUUCAUCUAAUACUGGAUAACAGGAUAUAACUAUUUAAACCAUUCUUAUAAUUUUGCAGUUGUUAAAUAUUAAAGCUAGUGUAUGUUUGUUGUAUGUAUGAUUGUGAAAUGACCAUUUGAUGGCACUGUUUAAAAACAUACUUGAGAUAUAUAUUUUUAAAAGUGUAAGUAAAAAUGCUAAUGCAUUAACACAUGCUCACUCACUUUCUUUCUGUCCAUGUCUG